UUUCCCACGCGUUGUGAAGGAAGUAGGACUUAAAUCAUUCUUCGUUCAAAAUUACAGCUUCGUCACAUAUCUCAAUUUAUUCAAACACGAAUUUAGCACAAAUUGUCCCCUCCCAGCUUCGGUAGUGUUUACUUUCGACCUUGGCUGCUCUAUUUAUCCAAGUCUGCGCGCAGUUUAAUAAACAGAAAAGGAAGAGGAUGUUUUGUUAGUUAAUGAGUGUGUCCCAGAUAGAAAACAAGAUGCUGCUGUUCCGAUUUGGCGUGGUUCUAACCCCAGAAUCUGAAGACGUGGAAAUGCUGAUACUGGGCUCCCGUCCGGAGAUGGGGCACUGGGAUCCGGCGAGGGCGGUUCCGAUGACGCCGUCGAGGAAGGUGCUAUCAACCUGCGAGCCUUGCCUCUGGACCGGCGAGGUCCUGCUGGCGAAACCGUACACCGAUAAACACUGGUUUAAGUUCGUUAAACGGGUGGGCGGAAACCUCAUCUGGGAAGGCAACGGUCCCCAUCACGACCGCUGCUGCGUGUUUGAUGACAGCAACGUGGUGGACGGGGUUUACUGCCACCCCAUUGGCCACUGGAUUGAGGCAAGCGGGCACCCCGACGAGAUGCAGCACACCACCAACUUCUACUUCAGCGUGGCUGGCCAUCACGCCAUCCACUUCUCCAAGAUUCUUCCCCGGCUCUGGCUGGGCAGUUGCCCCCGGCAACUGGAGCACGUGACAGUGAAGAUGAAGCACGAGCUAUCCAUCACGACGGUGCUCAACUUCCAGACAGAGUGGGACGUGGUCAACAACUGCCAGGGCUGCCGGCGGCACCCAGCUGAAGAGGUCAGCCCUAACACCAUGGAGCUGCUGUACAAGGAGUGUGGCAUGGCGUACGUGUGGAUCCCCACACCAGACAUGAGUACCCAGGGAAGGAUACACAUGCUCCCCCAGGCUGUAUUUCUCUUGUACGGCCUGCUGAAGAACGGACACACGGUAUACGUGCACUGCAAUGCCGGGGUGGGCCGUGCCACCUCUGCCGUCUGCGGCCUCCUGAUGUACGUGCUGGGCUGGAGCCUGAGAAAAGUGCAGUACUAUGUGACUGCCAGAAGGGCGGCGGUCUACAUAGACGAAGAGGCCCUACUUCGUGCCCGUGAGGACUUCCUCCAGAAGUUUGGGAGCAUCAGCUCCUCUGACUGGACCCCAGAUUCCUAAGUGCCUGGCUCAAAUUCUGCUUGUGCUCCUCUCUUGUUAUGGCUGGGAACAACUGGAACCUGUAGUUUAACGGUUGAGAAAUCAAUUCAGGAUAUUUUUAUAUGCUUUUGAUUUCUUAAUUGAUCUGAAUUUCCUUUAUUUUUGUCCUUACACAAGAGUUCUCGCACACAGUCAAGGCACAAUUUAAUUAUUUCAAUCAAUAGCCUCAAAAAAUACUCCUUCCGCCAAGACCGGGUUUGCUUAAGCCAACAUAACAGAUGACACUAAUUUAAUCUCACUGAUGUUGUCAGUCAGAUUCAAUUAUGGAUGAUUAACAAUCAUAUAUCAUUUGCCAGAAAGGUGGAAGCAUUGUCAAUUGAUUUACUGCCCAGCCUUGUAGAGAGGGGAGUGCAUGCAGAUUGCCCAGUAUGCAGGAGUGACUGCAAUUUAGUCUAAAUGCAGUAGUGCAUAUGUGCAUGUCUGUGCCCUGCGGUGGAGUGAAUACGGUUUAAUGUGCAUUCAGAGUGAAUAUAGUGUAGUCGGUAUGGACAGCUCGCAGAUUUGAUCCUUAACGGUCCACAAUGUUGAUCUGCUGUCAGGAUCCAGUUUAUCCUCAGAUAAACACUGUGAGCCAAAAGCAGGCAGAGUAAUUCCCUGUAGGUGGCGUCGGAAAUCCCAGCUGGCCCUUGUUAGCCUAAAUAUCUUGUUAGGCUUAUUUAAAGCAUCAGCCGGGUGUUCUGGGAACACUGGUUGCAGACUGAUUGGGUAGACCACAGGGGAAGGUGUCUUCGUGUUUUCUGCUUGUGUGAGUCUGGUUAACUGUGUUUCACGAGUUUGUAAAUCCCUGCAAACAGUGUGCCGGUUUGCCUAUCUUAAAGGGGCCUCGUCCCCUUUUUGCAUUGUGGAAGACCUUGUCGUCCAUCUGUCCAGGACCUGCCGCCACAUACUGCUUUAACCUCGUUUAGCGGUCUCGCUUGUUCUGUGUCCCUGAAGCAAGAUGCGUGUGGCACACAGGCUGAAGAACAUUUAAAGAGAGAGAAUGGGGCGCUUUUUGGUGGGUGCCUCAGGAUGUCGUUAUGAAUGAGAAACUCCAACUUAGGGUAUGGGGUCAGAAAAAUGCUAGAUACAGUGGCAUGGACAUUUAGAGCCAAUCUCUACACCGAACACAAUCUGUGACUCACUGCAGAGGACUUACAAUAAGUAAGUAAGUAAAUAAGCCCAGGCUACGGCCAGCUGUGGUGUGUCAUUUUUCGAUAAAAACGUAUAAGCACACGCACGUCCUCAGUGCCUUAUGCAGACCAAUGAUGUUUUCAGCAGCACAAUCACAAUAUCCAAAUGCCUGUUAAACUGGACCGAGGCUGCAAUGAAAAGGAAAGCUUUCCUGGGGUAACAGCUAAAUCUUGUCAAGGAAGAGGUUAUUACCGGGUAGCUUCAAAGGAAAAAGCUCUUAAAUUGGUUGACUGAAAUGAAACUGCGAGCGCCUGAGCCCCUCGACAGCCCUGGCAGGACGUUCGGCAGCCUCCAUAUGGCAGGAUAAGGGCAGGCUAACCCUGGGUCACUGCCAGCGGCCCGUCAGUCUGCCGCAGGUCCCGUCGGCGGCCAGGCUGCGGCUAGCCAGCUUAUGGUCUCAUCUGGAUUUAAGGGUGUUAAAACAGGAGCAUCGCAGAAGAUAAGAUUCACGAUAGAAAUUGUGUGAAUUAUCUUCUGUAGCAUUUGUUUUUAUUGGGGACUAAAACUGAAUUUUAAUACUUAGGAUUUCACAUCUUUCUACUUGCUGUGUGUCCUAAUGAAUAGGUAUUCAUUUUAGUACAGUGUAACCCAACAGCUUUAUGCUAAUAACACAAAAGUUGUGAGUUCAAUUCCCACAAGGGCUGUAACCUUCCCUCUUUCCAGGAAUUGCUUUUGAUAGAAGUGUCAGUUAAAUGUAAUAUAUCCUGCUAGCGUCUGUUAGGGCUCCCCUCUGACAACCUGAUGUCCUUCAGUAACUCGACACUCUUUCCCUACCAAUCAAAUUGCUCUGCCAAACACUGACUAGAGAAGCUUCACCAACCAGAAACUGAAUGAAACGGGACAAAGCAGAAAUUGCCAAGCCUAUUUGUCUCUUCCGACAGUGGCGCAGCAAUGUUAAUUUGCCCUGCCAGCAGGGGGCGUCAGACCAACCCUGUGACUUGACCUUUCAGCACACAUCCAGCCAUGAUAUCCAAGCUAGGGCUCCUGCCCUUAGAAAGAAAUAGGUUUUUUUUUCUCUAAGAAAAAGACUUGAAACGGAGCAGCCGUGUUUAUCUCCCUGUGAUCACAUCCAGUCCAUACGAGGCGUUAUCAGCUAAGCCGAUGUACAAGUCAGAGCCGGUCAGCUUUCCGGCUGCCUUGGCAAGAUGGCAGUGUUUUAACCCUUUCAUGGCGGCACCUUCUCAAGCUGCACGCUCGCCCCCUGGUGCUUCCUCUCUCAUUAUAUUUCAGCGCCGUUGACCCUUACAAAGAGCAAAAUUCUGCGACAUGAAGUAUUUAAAUGGCUCCUGGCGGCGCAGUGCCAUGCUGAAACCUCUGGGUGGCGCUCUCAAGAGGAGCCUCUUUUUUUGACUCUUUCGGUGUAUAACUUUCCUCUUAACAAUCCAUCCUCAUUUACCUGAUUUUAAUCUAAUCCCUAGUUGAAGGGUGGCCCAACAUAGCCUAGGUGGUGGGCUGAAUUUCUCUUCCCGGAUUCAAACGGUGGCUUACAGGACCGGGGAAAACAACAUCGUUCAAUUAGGCUUUGUCCACGUUUCAGAGAAAUGCGUCACUGCCCACACUGGGAUUUUAGAUGUAAUAAGACUAUUUUGGCAACUAUGGAGAAUUAUUAGCUACAAAGUCAUUUGCGUGUUGACGUUACGGUCUUACCGGCAAGGGAUUCGGAAUGGGCUGUGCUGAGCGUAAAAGGAGAAUGAAAAAUGACCCUUUUUCAGAGCAAACCAUGCCCUUAGUGGGAGGCUUUUUCAUAAAUCUCUAACCCUCUAUGUGUCCGUCACUUUCGAGGACGGGGGGGUCAUCACAGGCCCAUGUGACACAGGGACAGAUUAAUGAACAUUUUUAAUGCAAUGCCUCUCAUUUUGUAAAUCAAAACAGACAGAAUUAUGCUCUCAAGAGGGAAUAGAGAAGGAAAGGAGGUCCUGCUGAAGGAACCAGCACCUUCUUCUCGGGUGAAGAUCACCUCAUCAGCUUAUGCAGGUUUAUCCCACUUCCCUGCCCUAACCAAGCAUUGCAGAAUGAAAGUGAUAAAAAAAUCAACAUGGACAGCAAACUAUAUAAUUGGAAUGGUAACACUUUACUUGACAUGGUAAAAAUAAUAUAGUAUUACAGUAUUACUUAUGUAUUAAUUAACCACAAGCUAAGUCUUAGUUACAUACUGAUCUCAUGUUAAUUCAUCAUUAAUGAAUGAUGAUGCAUCUUUCAUCCCAAGCAGUUAAUAUAUUUGUUACUAUUUCUGUUAAUUCUGUAAAGCUCUGUGAACCACUGAAGGAUUUACUAAGGAGCUAUUGAAGGAGCAAUUCAUGAAUAACAAAGUUAAAUACUGAUCUCAUGUUUGUUCAUCAUUAAUGAAUCGUCAUACAUCUUUUAUCUCAAGUAGCGACUAUAUUUGUGCAUGUAUGUUAGUAACGGUGUUAUUACUAAGUAUUUGUGCCCCGUUAAAUUAAGUGUUACUUAUGGCAUAAGUACAUGAGAAUGUUUAAUUUAAAAAGGCCGCAGAAGUCAGUUUACAUAGACCACUGACUCAGUGCAUCUGUUGUUCACUUUCUGAGACAUUAACUUAAAUCCGUAAGAAGUUCUGGUUUGGGAUUCAGGCUCCAGGUCUGCACUUUGACCUUAGAGUAACAAACCUUGGUGUGGUUUACAUCAAGUGAGCAACUUCAAGCAACAACCAAUGGUAGACCUACAACCCUUUGCUGGCCCAAAAUACUGUAUCUGUGAAAAGUAUUUUAAGCAGAUAUCAGAACAGCUACCUUAUAACAUCGUUGCAUCGUGUCUGCAAUGCAAAACUGACUUCUGCUAUAUUGAUUUUGUUUGAAGCGCCAUAAGAAGACUAUUGUAAAAAAAAAAAAAAAAAAUCUAUGCUAAACAACCAGACAAAAAUACACAGCAGAAUCGAAACACCUGUUUAUGUUAUUCAGCAAUUUUCAGGAUCCAGUCCAACCAACUGAUGACACAAAAUAAUACCCUGCUUGACAGCAACCAGCUGCAGCCUCACAGCUGCUGCCCUGAUGGACUCUGCAUCGUGUCUGUGAGGAUCCGGAGCGGCGUGCUAUUACCCGGUGAUGAUGAGGCCUGUUUGCGUGAACAUUAUGCUCCAUCACAGGUGAUGGAGGCGCCCGUGGACAGAUGACACCUCAGGCGCCAGCUAACAACAGCCGCAAACGCAACUCGGUACUGGCCUCUGUUUGCCUGGGCAGUAUUUUUAGCCAUAAAUUUCCCAUACAUCUUCCUGCUGGGUCUAUUAGCUCACAGCUGUCUGCUGCGGAAGGCUAUUCAUCACGGAGAUGCGCCAUGGCUUCACCUACCUGAUUGCUUCCUUAUGUCAAGUGCUCAAAAAGCCACGCGUCAUAUUCAUCAAUUUAACCUUUUACCCUCCCAGGAGACCACUGCAGCCCAUUUUAUACC